CUCAAUCACCACAAAUCCCGCACCUCCCCUACCGCGGAACCCGCCUGCGGAGCCGCUCCUCAAUCUACCGCGAAUCGCCCGCCGCUCCUCUAGCUCCGCGAACCGCCUGCCCGCAUUUCGCGCUCACGCAGCGUCAAAACGCAACCGCGGCUCCACGCUUGCUCCCCCGCAUGUCACGCCCCCACACCGCCAUCUGCAGAUUUAUUCUCGCUCUCGCAGAUCUGCUCAGCCGCGCCCUGUUCACCGGGAAUUCUGGAGCUGAGGGCGUAGGUUCGAGCAGAAGCUCGAAGCAUGGCUAUGGCCGAGGGGGAGAAGCACCAUGCCCGGUGCCGGUGGUAGGUAGGGCUCUCUGAUCUCGGAUGCCUUUCACGCGGCCCGGCCCAAAGGCUUCCCGUCCGUUCCGUCGGUUAGCAGAGGACGGAAACAGAGAUCGGGUGAUUGCUUGACUCGGGAGCUGAGCCGAGGUCGCAAUGGCGUCGUGGGACAACCUCGGAGAGCUCUCCAACAUCGCGCAGCUCACGGGGCUGGACGCCGUCAAGCUCAUCUCCCUCAUCGUUAGGGCGGCGUCCACGGCGCGGCUGCACAAGCGCAACUGCCGCCGCUUCGCGCAGCACCUCAAGCUCAUCGGCGGCCUGCUGGAGCAGCUCCGCGUGUCGGAGCUCAGGAAGUACCCAGAGACGCCGGAGCCGCUGGAGCAGCUCGAGGACGCGCUCCGCCGGGGCUACCUGCUCGUCAACUCCUGCCAGGACCACUCCUACCUCUACCUCCUCGCCAUGGGCUGGAACAUCAUCUACCAGUUCCGCAAGGCGCAGAGCGAGAUCGACAAUUACCUCUGCCUCGUCCCGCUCAUCACGCUCGUGUGGUUUCAUGCCGUAUCCCUUGGCGAGGGAAUGGUCGCGCUUCCCGUUGUUCGCCACUGUGUCCGCCUCCGUCCAGGCCUCCCCGUGCUUUUCACCACCACCACCCUCUCCUCGUCAGAAGUUAUCAUGAAUCUACUCCCUGAUGGUGUCAUAUAUCAGUUUGCUCCUCUUGACUGUCCUACUGCAAUAGAUAGUUUUUUUGGAUACUGGAAGCCAAGUUUGGUACUUCUUCUGAAAAGUGAACUCUGGCCAAACCUCAUCAUGUCUGCAGCAGCAAAAGGGUAAAGAACUCAUGUACCAGCAAGCUCUGUGCCGUUUUGGAAACUUCAAUGCGAUCCAGCUUAGUGAACCAGCUCCUCUUCAGAAGCUGCUGCUGAUGGCACUAAAAGAUUAUGAAUCAAUCGGUGAUGAAAAUGACGAGGAGAAACUGGAGAUUGCAGAGGCAAACUCGAAAAUACUGAAAGAAAACGCUGAGAUGAUUAAUGAGUACUUCUCUAUUCACGUUGAUCACGAUGGGAACUUGACCAGGCUUCCAGUUGUACUUGAUCAGUACACCCCUGAUAUGGACCGUCUCCCAAAUUUUGUUUUGACUAUGGGGAAUGAUGUUACCUGGGAUGAUGAGAAAGAGUGCUUCAGAACGGCAGCAGCUGCUAUUGGGAACUUCUACGCACUCCAUCCUCCCAUCCUUCCAAAUCCAUCGGGGAGUGGUGUUCAGGUGUACAAGAAAAAUAAAGCUUGCAUGGCGAGUGGUGAACAUGUUGAUAGUACAGAUAUCAGCAGACGGGAGGGAGCAUUAGCUUUAGCCUAUCAGCUAUUCAGAAUCUGCAGAUAGGAGGGAGCAUCAACUAUUCUAUAAUUGCUUGAUAUAUUUUUAUGUAGUGCUGCUUGAGUUUUAUAACAUGACCGUCGAAACUAGAUUGGCAGUCAGCUAGAUAUAACCGACCGUCGAAACUGGCUUCUUAUCAUGGUACGCAGUGCGCUGCAAGCCUGCAAGUGACAUCAAAUUGGAUUGGCAGUCAGCGGGUGUCACAGUGUCAGUGUCGAUGGAAUGGUUCUGCAGCGCAUGUGCUUCUGUAAUUUCCACAAUAAGUAGUCAAGUGCUCCCUGACAUUGUAGUGAUCCCUGCACGUUGGUGGAACUCGACAACUUGCCAAAGCGCCAGAGUCCAUCUUAUGAAUAGAGAAAAUAACAGGAGCAAAUAAGUAACCGAGCACGGGAUUCUUCGCAAUUUGAUUUGCGAGAUCACUAUGGCAAUAGACAAACCAGACUGAAAGGAGAACAACUCAACAUCAAUCUUGAUUAUCAACCAAGAGCCUAAACUCCUUUGUCAUGUGUUAUUGUUUUAAUCCUAAACUAUACAUCGUUGUGGAUAUUGAAGAUCUGGUUACAAGCCUACAACUUAACUGAUAUAUAUAUAUAUCACAUGAUGAUAAUAUGUAUAUUCAUGGUGACACCUUUGCUCCUUGAACAUGUUGUAGUCUAUUGUGUAGUUGCAAAAGAAUCUGUGAAUUACGAGUCAGUGGAGAUUGAGAGGGAUUCCCCGGCUAGCAGCUCAAGCAGAUUAGGAAGUAGCUCAUCUUCAUCCAGUGGUACAGUACAGUGGAGCAAAUGAGUAUCUGCCACCAUUAAUGCUGAGUUAUCGAUCGAGUAGCUUGUUAAUUCAUUAAAAUUCCUUGCAGAUUCUCACUCUGAUGUUACGGUUUAUUUUUCAGUAACCAGAGGAUGACAAGCCUACUACAGGAGUUGGUCCUAAGUUAUACAAUAAGCCUGACUUUUUUUUACAGAGCACAAAUGCCAUGUUUUUCCUGUUUGGGCUAGCACCACAAAUGGAAACAAUAAAUUGGACUCAACCUAUGGUGAAGAUAUGAAGGAAGAGCACUGUCCCAUUAUUCUGUUUUUUCGGUAAUUAAAGCAUCAUCUCUAUUCUUGGUUGUUCCCAUUUUUCUAUUAUUUAGUAAGUAGCUUAUCUGGCUAAUGUUAAAAACUGUAAGAAGACCAUGUUUCUAGCAUGAACAUGCCAGCAUUGUGCCAUCAACAACUUCCCUAUUAGCUCACGGUACACCAUGCUCCAGUCUGCCCCCUGGUUAUCACUAAUUCAGUCAUCUGUGGUGCUGAUUGUGUUCCCAAGAUGCACUGAAAUAGAGCAAGAUCAAAUGAGGAUGGAGUUACUGUGUAGAGAUUUUUGUUCCCCCUUUGUAGCAGCAUCCAUGGAUUUUUAUUUGCGCAAAAUUACUCUCUUUUACGGGUUCAUUCAAUAAUUCAAUUUGUUGCUUGGAAACCACUAUAUAAUAAAUACAAAUGCUAUGGUAUGAUUUUGUGGAUUCUGAUCGCUCCUUUUCUUGUUA